AUGGUUGUAUUGUUUGUAGACAAUAGGGAUGGGACAUACACUGGCUUCUACAUGGCAAUGAAUGUUGGAACUUACAAGAUAUGUGUUUCAUUUGAUGGAAUGAGUAUCUCCCCAUGUCCCUUUGAGGUGGCUACUUACGACAGGGAGUACUUUCCUAUAGCUUAUGGCCUUGAUGUCUCUGUUUGGGAGGAUGAAUCCAUUGUUUUUAAUGCUCUAGUAAAUGAUUACUUUGUUGGUGGAAAGGCAAAAGUCGUUGAAUAUGAAAGUUUGCAGAGCUACCAGUUACCAAAACAUAAACAUCAAAACAGGUCACUGUUAGCUGGAACAUUAUUAGCAGUCAGCCCUGUCUCAGCUGUGAUGGCUCCCAUGGGAGCUGCACAGAAUGCAGCAAAGGAACUUCUUGAUUCUAUUCUAGAUGCUAUUGUUCGGAUAUUUGAUAACCAUGUGGUUGUUGGAGAGCUUCUUGAGUCAAAAUGUUCUCAAAAGCACCAAUGA